AUGAUGGAAUACGGAAGAACGCGCAAAGGGCCGCUGCCUGGAGGUCGCCAGGGCGCGUCUGGAGCUGGCGCUGGACGCGACAGCAUACGAACCGCCAGCCGAGCGCGAGGUGCUGCACGACCACCCAGCAGCCCCUCGCAUCCAUCAUCCUCACCAGCUGGUUUGGUAUCGGCAGGGUCUUCGCGGGCCCAGCAAUCGGCACCCGCCACUGGUGGAGUACGCCGCAUGCGUUGGACAACCCAGAUGAACAGCAACGCAUUGCGGGCGUAUUUUAGGGCGAAAGGGGGAGAAACUGGAGGUUUUGCGUAUCGGGCAAGGAUGCAUCGACUUUUUGCUGAGCUGGAGCCAUCUGUAACCGUCACCGAGCAAAACCUGGCAGACCGAGUUCGGUAUAUCUUGCGCUCAAAUACAUUUGAUGUCACCGAACUCGAACGGCUACGACGUGAGGCUGUUCCUUCAUCGGGUGAAAAUGCUGCGGCUGAGGAUGCGGCGCCACAACUUGCUGAGCAAACGGCAAAUGUGGAUGCCGCCGUGAAUACGCCAGAUGUGGUUGAUUCAAACGAUGACGGAACAGUCGCCCAGGAACUGGAACUAGAGCAAAUGAGGAGUACAUUGGAGGAGGCGAUUGUGGAAACGUGCAGUACGCCUCUCGAAAAUCGACCGUGA